CAGCUCAGCAGCAGACCAGCUCCUCCCUCCAUCACCAACUAUGGCCAGCAAACAUGCCCAAAAUGACCUCCCAUCAGAAUCAAACAUGUACAAUAACGCUGAGCUCCGGAUUGUGAUGGUGGGAAAGACCGGAGUUGGGAAGAGCGCCACAGGAAACACCAUUCUGGGAAAAAAGCACUUUGAAUCAAAGUUCUCUGCUAAAUCCAUGACUGUAAACUGUUCUAAUGCCUUUGGUGAAGUUGAUGGACAAAUAGUUAAGGUUAUUGACACUCCUGGUCUGUUUGACACCAAGAUUGAAGAAGAGGAGACCAGAAAGAACGUUGCACAGAGCAUUGGUUAUGCUUCUCCUGGACCCCAUGUCUUCCUGGUCGUCAUCAGACUGGGCAGAUUCACAGAGGAAGAAAAACAGACAGUGCAGAAGAUUCAGGAAAUCUUUGGAGAGCAAGCAGACAGAUACAGCAUGGUCCUCUUUACCCACGGUGAUCUGCUCGAAGACCAACCUAUCAAAGAGUUUUUGAAGGAAAGCGAAGAGCUGCAGGAACUUGUGAACAGAUGUAACGGCCAGUACCACGUUUUCAAUAAUAAGGUGAAGGAUCGUUCUCAGGUCAGAGAGCUGCUCGACAAGAUCAGAAAGAUAACAAAGAAGAACGGAGGAAGCCAUUACACCACUGACAUGUUCCAGGAGGCAGAUAGGGAGCUAGAAGAGGAGAAACAGAGAAUCCUUGAAGAGAGAGAAGAAGAAAUAUGCAAACAGGAAGAGGAAAUGGAAAAGAGAAUAGCAAAAAAGUAUAAGAAAGAAUUAAAAGAUGCCAAAAAUGACAUAGAGAGGUUGCAAAAGCUAAAUGCAGAAAUGUUUGAGUAGAUUAGGAGAUGAAAACCAGGAAAAGAUGGCCAGAGCCUUAGCUGAACCCCGGGGAUCUGACUGUACAAUUUUAUAGAUUCCUUUUUGAGAUAAUACCUAUCAACUGAGAUGUUUUGCAUGAGAGAGUCUGACCUUCUGAUGCUGGACAGCAGCAGAUUCACCAAACCUCCUUGUUCAUCUUCAGUCCCCUUUAUGAUGUAUUUGUUUGCUGUGAUUUAUAGUAAUAUCAGUUAUUUAGGAUUGUGUGUUUUGACCAAAUACUAAACAAAUGUCACACAUUGUCCAGAACCAAGAUCUCUGAUUUGUUCUUUGAUUGCUAUUGCUUUUAUCA